ACACACACACACAUUCCACAAUUAUAUAGCUAUCACUAUAGAAUUUUUGAAAAUUCUGAUUUGGCCAUUAGCAUGAUUUUUGUUGAUUUCGUUGAUUCGACCUAUUGACAGUUUGUUUAUUUAUUUGGUUUGAUUAGUUAUAUUGAUGUUUAUUUUGUUUAUUUUUCUAUUGCAAUUAAAUAUAAAACAGUAAUAUGCAUUAAAAUAUUCAAUUGAAAAUGGCAGCAUAUUAUAGCGCCAAAAAAUUCCACUGUUUUUGAUUGGAAUAAAAAGUCAAAAACACACACAUUCUUUCAUAUUCUGGCCACUAGAGGACAGUUUCAGCUCUAAAGCAGCUGAUAUUUACUUCAAUUUUUUCCAUUCAUUCGAUCAUUACAUCAAAAACACUAUCAAGUUUGAUCAUGAUCAUCAUUAUAUAAAUGUGUUUGGGUACACGUAACGUGAUGUAAACAACACCAUGACCUGUUUGGGUUUUGUCCAAUCAAACCAACAUUCCUGUGUGCCUUUCUUUUUUUCUUCACCAUUUAAUUCAGAUAUAAAACCUUCGAAAAACGUCAACGUAUAAAUCAUUAUUCGGUCACAAAAUAAUUGAUCUUUGAAAUUUAUUGAAAAAAAACUUGAAUUUAUUGGCCAUUUUGGAUUUUAUUGUUAUCUUUCACCCGGUGACCAACAAACUGUUGUUGCAAUACAUCCACAUUUUUUUUGCCUUUAUGAUCAUUAUUAUUGUUCAGCUGGAACGUUAUCCGUUUUUUUAUUAUCUCUUUUUGUGCAAAAAAAAUGUACAAUACAAACUGUUGAAUAUGGAAUGUUCGAUCUAACGAACAAAAAAAAGAAAAGAAAUCACAUUUUACCUUCAAUCAUCGUAUCUGAAAAAAUCAACGCAUUUCAUUUCAUUUCAUUUUUUUUGAUUUUCCAAUGAUUGAUCUAUAUUAAGACAGUUCGAUUUCAUGUGACUUUAUUUCAUGACCAAAUCAAAUCAAACAAUGUCUCAACAACAACAACAACGUUGUGUGAAUCCAUUCUAUCAUCGUAUACAUUUAAAGCCUUUUGAUUGGCCAUUUGUCAUAAUUGGUUCGAUAUUAUUAGCACCAAUCCGGAUUAUUAUCAUCAUCACUUUGUUUUUGAUUGCAUCGUUCUUAUCGAAAUUAUGUAACCAAUGGUUAGCACGUAUCGAUCGUGAAUGUGAACCUGAUCUCUAUCAUGAAUGGCGAAUUCGAUUUAAAAAUAUUAUUAAACAUUUAUUCCGUGCUAUACUAUUUGUGGCUGGAUUUUAUCGUGUUACCAUCAUACAAAAAGGUGACGUUACCAAAGAAAAAGAUGCUCCCAUUUACAUAAUGGCUCCACAUACAUCAUUAUUCGAUAUAUUGGCUGGUGUAGCAUUGCAGGUACCAUCAUCGGUAGCCAAAGCAGAUAUUGUCAAUAUUCCAUUGUUUGGCAACAUAUUCAAACUUUCCGACCCGGUUUUAGUUGAACGUGAUUCUUCACAUUCAAGACAGGACGUCUUCAAGAAAGUCUCAAGUGAUAAAGUACUCAAAAUUGUCUUUUUUCCUGAAGGAACUUGCAGCAAUCAUCGUGGUUUGUUGCAAUUCAAGAAUGGUGCCUUCAAACUAGGUUAUCCUGUCAUACCGGUUGCUUUACGAUUCAAUCAAUCGGGUGGACCCGACACGUUGAGCUGGACUUGGGAUGGUCCAAACACUUCAUGGUCUAUAUGGCUAACUUUGUGUCGAUGGCGAACCGAUCUCGAAUUGACCAAAUUACCUGUUUAUACACCUUCCGAUCAGGAACGAAAAAAUGCGGAUCUAUAUGCCCAUAAUGUUACCAAAGUUUUGGUCAAUGAAUUAGGUCUGCCUUGCCUUUUCUAUUCUUAUGAUGAUGCUCGAUACUUUAAGUACCGAUCAUUUCGUUCAUCAACAUGUGUCAAAUUCAUGAAAUUGGCGGAUAAAAUUCGCAAAAUUUGUUCCACAUCUUCUCCAUCAUCGAAUAGUUUGUUAGCUAAUGGUAGCCAUAAAAACGAAAAAUCCGAUUUGAUGCCAUACACUGAAUAUCUUAGUCAAUUUAUUGAUCAGAUCUUUGGUUACAUUGGUGAUUUGAAUGGUCAUCUGGAUCAGGAAAGAUUACUUGCUAUAUUGGAUAUUUCAUCAUUGCCUGAUAUAACAGAAUCAUAUUCGGUUAAAGAAUUGAUGCUCUGUUUUCAACGCCAAACAUUCGAUGAUAAAGAUCGUAAUGAUCCUUAUGAUGCCAAAAUAUAUCAUUUAAAAGCUAUUGCACAUCUUGUCGAUCCACGGGAACCUGAUCUAUGGCAACGAUUACAUAGAGCCUAUGAUACAUUCAUAGAAGCGGCCAAUUCAUCUGAUGAUCAAAAUCAAUUCAAUGAUCGUUCAUUAUCAUUGAAACAAUUGGAAAUGUUUCUUUGGCUUUCAUUUGGCAUCACCAAUUUGGAUGGACAUUUAGAUAAUGAUAUUCUUUCAUUUGAUGAUCUUCGCAAUACAUUAAUCCAUCAUUAUCAAUAUGCUUUACGUGAAAAUGCCUGUUCAAUUCAUGAUUGAUUAUUGAAAAUUAAUCUUUGGUGAUUAAUUUCAAAAGAAAAAGAAAAUGUUCCAAAGACGAAUCCAUCCACAUUUGAAAAAAAACACUAUCUCCAUUUAAAUUCAUCGAUUUCGAAUGAUAUCCAUUAUUUCGAAAUAGUGUCUGUGAUUCCGUCCGAUGAAAAAAAAAAAAAUGAGAAAUAUUCUUCCAUUCCUAAAUAUCUACAUAACUUUAUCAUCAUUACAAUCAAAAUAUAGAACUACUAUUAUAUCUGUCCACUUUCUUUAUCUACGUGUGAUUGAAUCAUAUAUUGCCUUUAUAUAUAUUUUUUAUUAGAUUGAAUUCGUUUAUCGUAAUCAAUCAAUUUAUCAGAUUUACCAAAUAUUACUGUUUUGAUAUAGUUGAAAAUGUUUCAAAACAUGUGAUUGUUUUGCAAUGUGUGUUAUUAAUGGUCACAAAUUGUGAUGUUUUGAAAAUCAUAAAUGUAAUAACGUGUUUAACUUCUUUGAUUUCUAAUGAAUGUUUUCUAAUUGAUCUUCUAGUAUUAAUAUUUUAAUCAAUCAAUCAGUAUCCCUCGAAUUAUUCUGAAAUAUAUAUGAUCUGCUUAUACUUGGAUAUAAAUAUGAGAUAUGAGAUGGGGGCUUUUUUUUCUAAAUAAAAAUUCAUACUCAUACACACA